AUGAAGUUUGGCAAGGAAUUGUCUCAAACCAUAGAGGAGCAUCAUCCCGCUUGGAAGGAAUUUGCGGUGGAUUACAAGGGCUUGAAGAAGACGCUUCCCAAGACACAGCCUGAUCAUCCACCUGUUGUUUCUCUCGAAGAACGCUCCGAUUCACCCCAUCUGAGUGUGGUUUCAGACAGUGAAAAAGCGGGCGAUUAUUCCGACUUUUGGGAAGUCUUUGAACGAUCCCAACAGGGUUUGGAUUCGUUCUACAGGCACAAGGAGAGUUGGGCCCAAUUGAAACACGCCACCUUGCUUACGGACAUGGCCAAAUUGCGUUCCAGUGAAAAUGUCACGACUUCCAUGGUCAGUGUCCAAGAAAUGAAGGAACACUUGCUCGAUUUUCGCAACGAAGUGGAGCUCGUCCGCGAGUUUUUGCAAGUCAACAAAAUGGCCUUUUCCAAGAUCCUCAAAAAGUAUGACAAGCGUACCUUUUCCAAUGUCCGCAAGUCCAAAUUGGUUUCCAUCAUGGAGGACCAAAUUUAUUUGGAUGGCGCGGCCAUGGACGAUUACUUGGUCAAUAUCAAUGGGAUGAUUCAACAGUUGGAUGCUCUAUUGGAACACAAAAAUCCAACGGCGGGACAAAAACGCAAGCUUCACGAUCAAGUACUGACGACCACUCUGGUUGAGCAAAAGGCCCAUCGCGCGUUGGAAGCCUUGGAGGGGCUCUCGCCGUUUUUUGCCUCGCAUACCCCGCGGUUGUUGCCCUCUUUGGAACGGGAGGAGAUUGACAUUGCCGGAGAAUUGUUGGGACAGGGCAAGUUUUGCAGUGUCUACGAAAUUCAAAAAAUUCAACUGGCCGCACACGAAACGGACGAAGCUCGACUCUUGUUGCAGCAACAGUGUUUGGAAGAACGAGAGGAAGGAUAUGCACGAUAUGCCAUUAAACAAAUCAACGAGCAUCUCAAACCGUCCAGCAAAAUUGAUGGAGCUGUGGACCUGGCCAUUGAAGCCAAGUACUUGUCCUGCAUUUCGCAUCCCAACAUUAUCAAUCUGGUGGCGACGCCCACCGGCUCGACUUCCUACUUUUUGGUAUUGGAUCGAUUGUCCGCCUCGCUGGAUCAUUGCAUAUACAAAGAGUGGCAGCCACUAGUAUCCAAACUGGAAGGAAAAUUUGGUGUGGGCAAGAUCACUCACAAGCACCAACUGGCCUAUUUGUGGCAAGCCCGACUCAAGGCCAUGCACGACGUGGCCAAGGGGAUGGCACACUUGCAUGAACAUAGUAUUAUUCACCGUGACAUUAAACCACAGAACAUUGGAAUGGAUUCCAAAGGCAAUGCGGUCAUUUUUGAUUUUGGAUUGGUCAAGGAACUAUUGCCAAAGGAAAAGAUUGCGGACAAUGAAUUCAAAGCCACAGGACGGACGGGGACCCGCAAAUACAUGGCUCCCGAAGUGGUUUUGUACAAGCCUUAUGGGACACCCGUCGAUGUCUAUUCCUUUGCCAUUACCUUUUGGGAAACCAUGACGAUGAAAUCACCCUUUGACAACAUGUCCGUGAUUCAAUUGAAUUCGUUUGUCUUGGAAAAGGAAAAGCGACCCACCAUUCCAAGGGCGUGGACUCACGAAUUAAGUGAAAUGCUCAAGAGGGCCUGGGCGGCCGAGCCAUCCAAGCGACCAACUUCCAAGGAAAUUUGUCAAAUGAUUGAUGCCGAGAUUCGGUUCGUGGAACGAACCAAGUGA